UUAAUUUUUUACUGAAUAUUAUCGUCUAAAUUUUAUUUUAUUCUUUAUUUUAAAGCAGUUAGAUGGAGAGGCUCGUCGACUCGACGAAACAGAUCUCUCUGAAUCUUUGAAAUUCCAUCUAUUUCUCCUCAAAUUCUCGCAAUCUUGAUUUCUCCUUUUCAAUUCAGCUCUAGUGUGGUUGUUUUGGAGAUUGACUGAGAGAGAUUGUCUCCUUGGCGUCGUUUUUUUUGGAUUUCUCUAUUGCUGUUGAAGGCCAAACCGAUUGGAAUUUAGGGUUUACGUUGCGAAUUCGUAGAAGUGGGGUUUUGAGGGUUUGGAAUUGCGGGGGAGUGGGAAGAAGCGAGGUCCUUUUGGUUUUUGAUUGAUGUGGUGAUUGGUUUGAUCGUUUUGUUUCGAGAAUGAUAAUCAAGCGGAACUUAAAAUCUCAAAUGCCGAGUUUGAAACGGUGUAAACUCGGCGUCUCGGCUAAAGAGGACGAUGAGAACUCAGCAAAGAGGAAGAAACGCAAAACUAAUGGUUACUAUCCGCUUAAUCUACUUGGUGAGGUGGCUGCCGGUAUUCUUCCGGUCAGUUUUCACGGAAUUCUUAACGGUGCUCUGGCUGAGAAAGGAUUUGCUGCGUCUUGGUGCACUGAAGUAUCCUGUUCUCCGGAUGAGGUGGUGUCGAAGUCGAAGGUCUCAGAUUCGAGGAAAUUGAAGAAGCGGACAGUGGAGGUUUCACGACCGCCGUUGGUGAGAACGUCACGUGGGCGAGUUCAGGUACUUCCUUCACGGUUUAAUGAUUCGGUUAUUGAGAAUUGGAAGAAGGAGAGUAAGACUAGCUUGCGUGAUUAUAGUCUUGAUGAUGAAACUGAAUGUAAAAAGGAAAAAUUUAGUUUUAAAACACCUAAGAGUUAUAGUCACAAUGUGAAGACUAAAUUGAAAGAAGAUAAAGUUGGGUGUAAGAGUCGUAGAUAUGGUACAUUGUGUGAAGAAGAGGAGGGGGAUGAAGUUAGGUUUAGUAAGAGUUUUGAUAUUAGGAAGUACUCAAGUUCUCGAAGUUCCUUGACGUCGUUACACGAGCAACAGUUGGUUGAUGUUGAUAAUGACAAGUGCCAACCUGAGGAAAUUGUUGAUUUAACGAGUGAGGAGGCUUUUUUGAAUGGUGAGAGAAAAGAUGAUGGGUUAUAUGGGCCAGAGGAUUUUUAUUCGUGUGACAUAGUGUGGGCAAAGUCAGGGAAGAAUGACCCUUAUUGGCCGGCUAUUGUAAUUGAUCCAAUGACUCAAGCGCCAGAGCUGGUUUUGAGGUCUUGCAUACCCGAUGCAGCUUGUGUGAUGUUUUUCGGGCAUGCGGGGAAUGAAGAUCAAAGGGAUUAUGCCUGGGUCAAACGAGGAAUGAUAUUUCCAUUUGUAGACUUCAUGGACAGGUUCCAAGAGCAGUCUGAAUUGAUUGACUACAACCCCAGUGACUUCCAGAUGGCACUCGAGGAGGCUGUUUUGGCAGAUCAGGGGUUUAUAGAGAAGUUGAUGCAUGAUAUAAACAUGGCAGCUGGGAACCCUACUUAUGAUGAAUCCGCUCUUCGAUGGGUUCAAGAGGCUACUGGUUCAAACCAGGAUCUGGACUAUCCCUUUUCAAACCAGGGUGUUUUUGGAAAGAGUAAAGAUACAAGACCCUGUGAUGGCUGUGGCAUGAGCCUUCCUUUUAAAUCAAAUAAGAAAAUGAAGGCUUCAACUAUUAGAGGCCAAUUUUUAUGUAAAACAUGUGCUAAGUUAACAAAGUCAAAACAUUUUUGUGGCAUAUGCAAGAAAGUUUGGAACCAUUCCGAUAGUGGGAGUUGGGUGCGCUGUGAUGGUUGUAAAGUUUGGGUGCAUGCUGCAUGUGACAAAAUUUCUGGCAGCCGUUUUAAGGAUCUGGUGGGCACUGAUUAUUACUGCCCUGCUUGCAAAGCAAAAUUUAACUUCGAAUUAUCAGAUUCGGAAAAAUGGCAGUCAAAAGUCAAAUGCAACAAAAACAAUGAUCAAUUGGCACUACCCAAUAAGGUUACUGUUCUCUGCUCAGGUGUGGAAGGCAUAUACUAUCCAAGUCUUCACUCAGUUGUAUGCAAAUGUGGGUCUUGUGGAACAGGAAAACUAGCUCUCAGUGAAUGGGAAAGACAUACAGGUUCCAAAUUGAGAAAUUGGCGGAUUAGCGUUAGGGUGAAAGGUUCCAUGCUACCACUAGAACAAUGGAUGUUGAAGUUGGCAGAGUUCCAUGAAAGUGCUCUGGUUUCUGUCAAACCUCAUAAGCGACCCUCUAUAAAAGAGCGGAAGCAGAAGUUGCUGGCUUUUCUGCGAGAGAAAUAUGAACCUGUUUAUGCCAAAUGGACAACAGAACGCUGCGCUGUAUGCAGAUGGGUUGAAGAUUGGGACUACAACAAAAUCAUUAUCUGCAACAGAUGUCAAAUAGCAGUACAUCAAGAAUGCUAUGGGGCAAGAAAUGUUCGGGAUUUCACUUCAUGGGUUUGCAAAGCCUGUGAAACACCUGAUAUUAAGCGGGAGUGUUGUCUUUGUCCUGUUAAAGGCGGUGCUGUAAAGCCAACUGAUGUUGAUACGUUGUGGGUUCAUGUGACUUGCGCAUGGUUCCAACCUGAAGUCUCAUUUGCAAGUGAUGAGAAGAUGGAGCCUGCUCUUGGGAUCUUAAGUAUUCCGUCAAAUUCUUUUGUAAAGAUUUGUGUUAUUUGUAAACAAAUUCAUGGCUCGUGCACACAAUGUUGCAAGUGUUCUACUUAUUAUCAUGCAAUGUGUGCAUCAAGGGCUGGGUACCGGAUGGAGUUGCACUCCUUGGAGAAAAAUGGAAGACAGAUCACAAAAAUGGUGUCAUAUUGCGCUUAUCACAGGGCUCCAAAUCCGGAUACUGUUUUAAUUAUUCAAACUCCUCUAGGCGUCUUCUCUGCCAAAAACCUUGUUCAAAAUAAGAAGAAGGCUGGUUCAAGGCUUAUUUCAUCUAACAGAGUAAAGCUCGAAGAGGUUUCUCCAGUGGAAUCUGCUGAGAUUGAGCCAUUCUCUGCUGCUAGGUGCCGUGUAUUUAAAAGAUCGAAUAAUAAUAAGAAGAGAGCAGAAGAAGAAGCCACAUCCCACCAAGUGAUGGGACCUUGCCAUCAUCCUUUAUGCACAAUACAAAGUUUGAACACAUUCAGAGUGGUAGAGGAGCCUAAAAGUUUUUCCUCUUUUCGUGAACGCCUUUACCACUUACAGAGAACCGAAAAUGACCGGGUUUGCUUUGGUAGAUCUGGGAUACAUGGCUGGGGCCUCUUUGCGCGUAGAAAUAUUCAAGAAGGAGAAAUGGUUCUUGAGUAUCGUGGUGAACAGGUGAGGCGCAGUAUUGCAGACUUGAGAGAGGUCCGCUACAGAUUAGAAGGAAAAGACUGCUAUCUUUUCAAGAUCAGUGAAGAGGUAGUUGUUGAUGCCACUGAUAAAGGGAACAUAGCUCGCUUAAUCAAUCAUUCGUGUAUGCCCAACUGCUAUGCGAGGAUUAUGAGUGUGGGUGAUGAUGAGAGUCGGAUUGUCCUCAUUGCCAAGACUAGUGUAUCUGCUGGUGACGAGCUAACGUAUGACUACUUGUUUGAUCCUGAUGAGCCUGAUGAAUCCAAAGUCCCGUGUUUAUGUAAAGCGCCAAAUUGUCGAAAAUUCAUGAAUUAGGAUACACACAACACAGUCAUUGUUUCUCCUCAAGGAGCACUAACCCAAAUCCCGUGGGAUCUUACAUUCCUUAUACUGAAAUUGUAAUUUUUGUCAGAAAGGAAAGUCUUUUUUUUUUUUUUUAAAUUUGUUGUAGGUUUUGAACACUUUUCAUGGUUA